ACACUAAAAACAUGGUUGGUCCAUUUAUGCAGGGCUUGUUGCUGAUAGGCAUCAUCUACUGGUAUUCCAAGAGCAUGAUAUCCAUGAUUAAUGAUUAUUAUCGCAACGAAUUUCAACGUCAGCUGCAAUCAGCAGGCGACUCACAGCCUGCAGCGGAGUCACCUCUAAGUAUGGACAACUUUAUGGAUUAUGUGCGUGAGCUGGACACAAAAGAGCAGCCAAGUCUGGAAGAACUGCAAACCACUUCAGACAACACUAAUAAACCUUUGACAGGACCCUCCCAUAUGUUGCUGUAUUUCCUGCAAAUCACAGGCGCCUACAAAUCGCUUGAUUUUUGUGGCUUACGUCCCAGCGCUGCAGACAGCUCCAUAAGCUAGUUUAUAACUAUAGCAAUAGUAUGUUUAUAAUAUACAUAAAUUAUUAUAUAAAAUUAUUAUACUUACAUAUUUUUCUGACAUUCAUAAAAUACAUCAAGCAAGUAUGCUCCAAA